AUGAAGACGCCAACAGUUCUGGCUCUACCAUGGCCAGCUCAAGGUCAUGUUAAUCCCUUGAUGACAUUUUCACAGAAAUUAGCUGAUCAUGGCUGCAACAUCAUCUUUGUUAACACAGAAUUCAUACAUGAGAAGGUGGUGAGUUCCAUCAAUGGAUCAUCAUCAAUAAAAUUGAUGUCAAUCCCUGAUGGUCUGGAACCUGAGGAUGAUAGAAGAAACAUAGGAGAGUUAUGUCUCUCUAUGUUAAGGACCAUGCCCUCUAUGUUAGAGAAGCUAAUCGAAGAUCUUAGAUUGAAUGAUGGAAUUACAAUAAGUUGUAUUGUUUAUGAUGGAACUAUGGGGUGGGCUUUGGAAGUUGCAAAGAAAAUGGGAAUCAAUGGAGCUCUCUUUUGGCCUGCAUCAGCGGCUUUGUUUGCCAUGCAGUAUAACAUUCCCAAGCUUAUGGAUGAUGGAACCAUAGAUUCGUCAGGAGCUCCAUCAGCAGAAAGGAGAUUUCAGUUAUCACCUAGUAUUCGAGAAAUGGACACAGGAUUAAUCUGGUGGACAAAUUUUCCAAAAAUAGAAACUCAGAGGAAGAUGUUUAAAUAUUUGUUGAGCUUCACAAAAACUCAAUAUUCCACAGAUUGGUAUUUUUGCAACACCACAAAUGAACUUGAACAUGCAGCAUUGUCUUGUUUCCCAAAGCUACUCCCCAUUGGGCCAUUAUUGAAAAGUAACAAUAAUGAAGAUAGCACAACAUCAUUCUUGGAAGAAGAUCUCUCUUGUAUGAGUUGGCUUGAUAACCACUCAACUGCCUCUGUUCUUUAUGUUGCCUUUGGAAGCACCACUCAUUUCAAUGAAAAACAAUUUGUAGAACUUGCUCUUGGACUUGAUCUCACAAACAAACCCUUUCUUUUGGUUAUGCGUCAAGAUUUCAAAUAUGAGUUCAAGGCUGGGAGCCGAGGUAAGAUAGUUAGAUGGGCGCCUCAACAAAAAGUACUGAGCCACCCUGCUAUUGCUUGUUUUGUUACUCAUUGUGGUUGGAAUUCUACCAUUGAAUCUUUGUCUAAUGGGGUGCCAUUUUUGUGUUGGCCAUAUUUUUGUGAUCAAUUUCUUAACAAAUUAUAUAUUUGUGAUGACUUGAAAGUUGGGUUGGGAUUUGAAGGUGAUGAAAAUGGACUAAUUUCACAUGAAGAGAUAAAGGCCAAAGUAGACCAACUUCUUGGUGAUGAGAAUAUAAAGUCAAGGUCUCUUGAGUUAAAGAAGAAGUUGAAGAGCAACAAUGAAAAAGGAGGUGCAUCUAGAGAGAACUUGAGAAAAUUUGUUGCAUGGUUGAAAAAGGAAGAACAAACUAUGUCUUAA